GAUUUGCCAGCAAAACAUUAUAUGUAAGACCUUAUCAAAAUUGUUUACAUACAAUUGUGGGGAUUAUAAGUUAUUUAUUAUAUAUACGACUGAAGCACCGAGACAGUAUAGUCAGGUUUCGGUGUUCUCUGAGAAUGGUGUCUGAAAUAGAAACAAGAAUGUUAUUUUUAGCACUGUUGUUGAACAGCGGCUUAUUAUUUAUUGACGCUUCUGCUGUCAACGAAAAUUUGAGAAAUGAUUGCAGCAUUGGACUUAAUUAUCGUUUGCCGAACCAUGUAAUACCGAAGCUUUAUAACAUUAAAUUAUGGAGACCUAACAAAAUAGGCAAUAUAAUCCUUUCUUCCUCCAACGAGAUUAAGAUUAAGAUAAAUAUCCUUCAGCCAACGCAAAAUAUAAGUUUACAUGCGCAUCACGACAUAAAAAUACUUCAAUCCACGCUGAUGAAAGAAAAUGAUAUGAACGUUUACAAACCAUUAAAAUAUAAAUAUUGCAAUAAAAUGGAAAUUAUGACUUUUUAUUUUGAAUCUACAUUGUCAACAGGGAAUUAUACUUUAGCCAUAAAUUUCAAUAAUGAUUUAAAGAAGGAUGUUACCUACUUAUCAUCUUAUAUAAACGAAGGAGGAAAGAAUGGGAUGUUGCUUGUCUCAUAUUUCAAGGCAAUUGGGGCUCGACGAAUAUUUCCAUGCUGGGACGAGCCGAAAUUUACGGCUGUCUUCCGCAUUUCAAUAUGUUUCGAUAAAAAUUACACGAUUGAAUCGAAUAUGCCGCUACGCAAACAGUAUCUAGAUAAAAAUAACACGAGGUGGUCAUGGUCAAUCUACCAAAAGACUCCUAAAAUACCUACUUAUCUCAUAGCUUUUAUGUUUUCCGAAUACCAUGGCGGAUCGUAUGCAAGAAAGAUUCCUUAUGUAUGGUGUAGAAAACCUUCAGAACAAUAUGUACAAUUUGCACGAGAUGUUGCUACAAAUGUCAGAGAUCAUUUUCAAAUCAAUAUGAAGGACGAAAUAUACAAACCAAGCAUACUGCAUGUUUUAAUACCGGGUUAUCAAUACGAUGCCAUAGACAAUAAUUGGUGGCUCGUUUUUUACAGAGAAAUAGAUUUCAUAUAUGAUGAAGAAAUAGAUCCUGUUGCUCACAAAACAAAAGUAGCGUAUUUAAUAGCACGUAAAUUGGCGCACCAAUGGUUUUGUAAUCUGGUCAGUCCAUCUUGGUGGUCUGACCUCUGGCUGAAUGAAGGUGUUGCUACAAUAUUCGCAAUAGAUGCUGUCGACAAGAUUCUCAUAAAUUCCCAGAUGUUGGAUUUAUUUGUAGUGCAGGUCCAACAUGACUCUCUUUAUUUAGAUAGUUCUCGCCAUCAAUUUAUGCUGCCUCUUAUAUCACGGAUUAAUAAUCUAUCAGAAAUUAAUUCACUGUCUUUUUCCCGUUACAUUAAAGCACCUGCAAUAAUGCGCAUGUUGCAACAUAUACUUACCAAGGAAGUAUUUCGAAAAGGUUUGGACAUAUAUCGACAUGAUCAUAUGUUUCAAUCGGCAACUCUCGACGAUUUCUGGACCGCCAUGCAAACUGCAUUAGAUAAAUCAUUAUUUAAAGAAUAUUCAUUUAAUGUAUCAGAAAGAAUGGAUGCUUGGUUAAAAUAUCGACGUUAUCCUGUUAUAAAUGUAACACACGAUAGUCUUACACAUGUAACAGUAUCGCUAGCAAAAUCCUCUAUGAAUUCUUGGUGGAUACCUGUAAGCAUUACUACUGAGACUAAAUCCAAUUUUGAAGACACUUUUAUUCUUGACGGAAAGUGGAUAAAUCCACACAAUUUUAAUUGCACAUUUUCCUUGCCGUUUGAAGAAUAUGGUUGGAUUAUAGCCAAUUUAAAACAAUUUGGAUAUUAUCGCGUCUAUUAUGAUUAUGAGAAUUGGCAAAAAAUUGCGAAUUAUCUGAAUUCUCCAAACUAUUCAAAUAUACAUGUUCUAAAUCGUGCUCAAAUUAUCGAUGAUGCAUUUUAUUUUAUGAUAAGAAAAGAGCCUCCCAAACUUAGCCCCGCUAUAUUUUGGAACCUCACAAACUAUUUAUCGCAAGAAAAAGAAUAUAUAGCAUGGUAUCCUAUGAUCAAAGCCAUUGAACGUAUGUCGAGUACCUUCUUACUUCUAGAAACAGAGAACAUCCUAAUCAGGAUGAAAUUGAGGAAUAUACUGAGUAAGCUUCUUACGGAAAUAAAAUACGUCGAAAGUUCUGACGAUAGUGAUAAUAUGAAAUCUUUAAGGCAAGAAAGUGUCAAAUGGGCAUGCAUUCUCGGUCUUGACGAAUGUAUCUCUAUGGCCGAACAGACAUUGGAACGGCAUCUAUUAAAUCCUAAAGAGCAUAAAAUUUUACCAUCAUGGAAAGAAUGGGUAUAUUGUAAUGGUAUAAAGAGGGCAACUAGUGAAAUUUGGAUAAAAGCAUUUAGUUUGUGGCAAACUACACAUGAUAACAAUAUUUUAAAAUCCUUAACUUGCAUUGAAAGUUAUGAUAAACUUUACAUACUUUUAACGCUUUCGGGAUUAAAAGUACAAACUGAAGAUCUCGUAUUAAGUAUUAAAGACCGUAUUCAUCUUUAUUUAAUAUUAUUGCAAUGCAUAUAAGGAAUAAUGAAAUAUUACCAUUAGAAGACAUGAUAAAGAAGUUAAAACCGAGUGGAGUCAGUACGAUUGCAGCAUUAACUCACGUAAUAAUCAUAUAAAUUGUGAAAAACACCUUGACAUGCUAAAAAAAAGUGAGCGGCUAUGAAAAACUAUACUAUAUUCAACGCAAGAUUGAUAUACGUCUGUUUCAAAUCAACAAGCAGAUAAACAAUCUUCGGAAAAUGACCUUUUAAGUGAAUUAACAGAAUUUAUUUAAUUCGUAGGACAACAUAUGUACUUAUCUACGUUGUGAAUGCUUCUACUUUAUUUAUCUACUACUUAUAUAUUUUUUCAUUACUCAGUAUU